UUUACAUAUAAAAGACAAAGACUGUGUGGCUCUGGAGGUGCGGUACCACAAAAGCUGUUACAGUCAGUACACCAUGUUUUUGCUGAGACCUGACAAACCAGAGACAGAACAGGAUGAGGCAAUGUUUGAUGCCAGUUACAAGCUGUUCUGUGAGAGGAUCAUCCGCCAGAGGCUGCUUGUCAACAAUGAGGUGCUUAGAAUGGGCCAGCUGAGGCAGGCCUUCAUUGACAUGGUGAAAGCAAACGAAGGUGUUGAUGCUUCAAACUACAGACAGGAUCUGUUGAAGAAGAGGCUGGCUCAAGAUUUCCCUCAGCUAGCGUUUCACAUGCCCACCAAGCGCAACGUCUGCGAACUGGUUUUUGCUGAGACUCUGUCAAAGGAUGCACUCGUGGACAUGCUACCAGAUCCAUCCGGUACGGAAACAACACAGUCCAGUGAAUUGAGCCAGACAGACAGCGACAAUGAAACAGGGAGAACAAAGUGCCAAACAACACAUGAGGACACAAGGACACUGUAUACAGCAGCGUUGUUUUUGAAAAGACUGCUUAGUGACACUCCUGGCAUGUCAUGCCCAUGGCCUCCCACUUCUGAAAAUGUAAAUGUCACUGAAUCUCAAACUGUUGUCCCCAUUGGACUAUACAAUCUGCUCAGCUGGAUUAUAGGUUCCACUGAGGAGCCAACACUGGAUCAUUAUGUCAACAUUGAUGAUGACGUACAUUUGAAAGUGUUGUCUGUUUGUCAAGACAUUGUGUACCUUGCUUCCAAGGGCCGCAAGCAGACACCCAAGUCCUUGGCUUUAGGUUUAACUGUUCGACAUUUAACUGGAUCAUCACGCAUUGUAUCACUGCUUAACAGACUGGGACAUUGUGCAUCAUGGGACACAGUUUUGAGUCUAGACACUAGCCUUGCCCAACUGACACUAGUAGAAGGCAGAGACAAAAUACCGAAGGGAUUCUCAAAGCGGACACCCACAACACUUGUGUGGGAUAACAUUGACUUUGGUGAGGAGACACUAUCGGGUCGUGGAACUACUCACCAUACAAAUGGAAUUAUGCUCCAGAGUGUGCCCGGCGAGCCUAUGUCCACAGCAAUCAGACAGCCACUGAGAAAGGGAGUUACCUCAUUCAUAGCCCCCCCCCCAAUGCCUAUACAACCUUACCAUCAGUCCAAAAGGCAAGGGCCACAGAACUUGUGUCAACCAGUGCAGUCAGCGACAUGCAGAAUGGACACCCACUUUGCUGUACAAGCUGAAAUGGCAUAUGCUUUUGUGAAGUCCACAUGUACGGAUAGUUGUACAAUCCCAAGCUGGACAGGGUUCCAUACACUGCUUCAGGAUGAAAACACUCUGCAGAAGUCCGCAUUGUAUUAUCUUCCAGUCAUUGAAGCCUCACCAACAGAGAUGUCAACAGUCAACACUAUCCUGAAGCGAAGUGUCCAGAUUGCUGACCAGCUAGAACUGGAUCAUAUAGUUUUAGUGUUUGACCAGGCUAUAUAUGCCAAAGCACAGCAAAUACGCUACAACAUAUGA